CAGAGCUACCAAGAUUGAAAGACAACGUUAAACACUGAGUAUAUUUCAUUUUUAAUCGACACUACUCAUCUCUAGCUAGCUUAUGGAACGCCCUAGCAACAGCAGAGGGAAGGACAAGGAAGAGAAAGGAAGAGAUGAAGUGCGUUACAGGGGCGUGAGAAGAAGGCCUUGGGGAAAAUACGCCGCGGAGAUUCGAGACCCUUCGAGACAGGGAGCAAGGUUGUGGCUUGGAACAUUUGAUACUGCAGAGGAGGCUGCUCGUGCUUAUGAUAAAGCAGCAUUUAACUUUAGAGGUCAUCUUGCAAUCCUUAAUUUUCCAAGUGAGUAUUACUCUCAAGUCAUGGGAUCCUCUCCUCGACCUCCUCAUCAGUCAUUUUCUUCUUCUUCAUCAUCUUCAUCAUUUAGCAGCAGUACUAGUAAUGUUAGUUCAAGCCAGAGUUUCGAGGGGGGAAGUUCGUCUAGAGCGCAAGAAAGGCAAGUUUUUGAGUUUGAGUAUUUGGAUGACAAGGUGUUGGAGGAGCUUCUUCAAUCAGAAGAGGAGAAGAAGAAACGACAACAAGAUUGA